CUGGUUGUUGUACCCAAUUCCACGAUCAUCACACAAAGCCCUGGGAUAGGACCCCACAAUCUCGGGAAUUCGCUUUCCCAAUAAACCAUACCGCCCAUCUAUCCUCCCAUUCUUUGUACCCAAAUUCAACGAUUGUUUAUCCAUAAGCGUAGGGUAUCAUCCCCUCUUUCCCCCCGUUCUCUUCAAUGGCUUCAGUCAAUGGCCUUGUACCCCAAACCUUUGCCCCUAUCAGAAAAACCAUGAAGCAAUCAAAGCCGAAACCCAUUUUUCUUCACUCUUUCAAAGGCUUUCUGGAUCCCAAUUUUCAAAGUUUCAGAACUCAAAACCCCAAAUUUUGCAGAGCUCCGAGCUCUAAUUUUUAUGCGGGAAGGAGGAAUUGGGCUUUGGGUUCGGUUUCUGAUGAGCUUGAUGUGAUUCCGGUUCAGAGUAACAACUCCGUAGACCAGCAAGAUGGUGUUAUGGUGAGGAUUAACAGGGAAGCGGAUGAGGAGCAAAGCUUGAACCGGGUUGGGGGGUUUAGUAAUGAAGGAAGGUUGUCGUUUGAGGGUGGAGUUAUGGAUGUUCGGGGUUUUUCUGCUUCUUUUUCGUCUUCUCUCGAGAUUGAGGAAGAUGGAGAUAAGUUGGUGGAUCGAGCUAUUAAUGCAACAAUUGUUCUUGCUGCUGGUUCCUUUGCUAUCACCAAGCUGCUCACCAUUGACCACGAUUAUUGGCAUGGAUGGACACUUUUUGAGAUUCUCAGAUACGCUCCCCAACAUAACUGGAUUGCUUAUGAAGAAGCUCUUAAGACCAACCCUGUUCUUGCCAAGAUGGUGAUCAGUGGGGUGGUUUACUCUCUUGGAGAUUGGAUUGCACAGUGCUGUGAAGGAAAACCUCUUUUCGAAUUUGAUCGUGCUCGUAUGUUCAGAUCCGGCCUUGUCGGCUUUACAUUGCACGGAUCUCUCUCACAUUACUACUACCAAUUCUGUGAGGCCCUUUUUCCAUUUCAGGAUUGGUGGGUAGUUCCAGCAAAAGUGCUGUUCGACCAAACUGCAUGGGCAGCAGUUUGGAACAGUGUCUAUUAUGUUGUUGUAGGCUUGCUGCGAUUUGAGUCACCAGCUAAUAUUUUUGGGGAACUAAAGGCCACGUUUUGGCCCAUGCUCACUGCGGGUUGGAAGCUUUGGCCAUUUGCCCACUUGAUUACCUAUGGCGUGAUACCAGUUGAACAAAGGCUUCUCUGGGUGGACUGUGUAGAGCUUAUUUGGGUGACCAUACUGUCAACAUAUUCCAAUGAGAAAUCAGAAGCGAGGCAUUCAGAAGCACUAUCCGAGCCGAAUGCCAAAUCUUCAUCUGAUUCCGUGAAUUGAGAAGAACGGUUUGGAGGAAAUGCUGAGUUACUUUUGAAUUGGUCAUAACUUUGGAGGUUGUCGCCUUUCAUUGUAGGGCAAACCUAUGAAUACAACCUGAGUAAUGGCUGCAUUUGCGUGUAAUUAUUUCUCGUCUUUUGCAAGGAAAUCCAUUGUAUAUUAUUAAACAGUUUUGUUCUAUGAAAAAGUUGUGUCAACAAGCAUUUUGUGCAGAUGUUCAAUAUCA